CAGAGCGUACAGACAGACACUUGCGUUUGGAAAGCAAAGCCACAGCAUGCGCUCUGUGGAGACGGUCGAACGUCACACCAAGAUAUUAAGAUAAAUCAAAUAACCGAAUCAAUAUCCAGCAAAUAUCUGAUCGAUUAACAUUUCUACAGAACGUUGACUUGCGUUCGCAUUAUUCCACAAUCGCGUGGACAUUAUAAGAACAUAGCCUACAAUCAGCAUUGAGCUCCUGGAGAAGUUCUGCUGUUAUGGUCUGGAGGAUUGUGUUAGGCUAAAUUGUUAUGUAGAAAUACUGGACGUCUAAUGCGCUAGAUUACGCGCUGCAUUUCUGAUGUUAACUGCACCGAUACCUGCUCCAAUGUCUCAGGCUGAGGUUGACAUGGCUGGUCUUGGCUUCUCGAAGUUGCCUGCAGGGUUUGACGCGGACUCGUUCUUCCCAGCGCGCCUGCCGCCGAGACGGAGGAGACACUCGGCAAACUCCAGGAGGAAUGCCUACAGGUUCAACAAACUCCACACCAUGGACGUGGAGCCCCAGGAGAGCGUCGCUCCUCUCACGAAAACACUUUCUUGGUCAGCCGACAACAUUUUAUCGGAAAACGCCAACGAGGAGAAAAAGACGCACUCUUCUCCUCCGAUGUCACCUGUCUCUAGUUCACCCCCUGAGACGCAGGACUCGGACCCGCGACCGCUGGACAAUUGGGCCGCCGAGGAGCCCAGCGCGCAGGAGGCUGAUGCCAGCUCGGACUCGGACGAUGAAAGCACCCAGAAGAAAGUGGUUUUGUCGAGAGCCCCAUUUGAGAGCAAACGCGAGCAGGAGGAAAAGGAAGAGGUCGAGACUAAAGCUGUGGCGACUUCACCUGACGGAAGGUUUCUGAAAUUUAACAUUGAGAUUGGAAGGGGGUCUUUUAAGACCGUCUACAAAGGCUUGGAUACGGAGACCACUGUGGAAGUUGCUUGGUGUGAACUUCAGACCCGAAGGCUGACAAAAGUGGAACGGCAGCGUUUCAGUGAAGAGGUGGAGAUGCUGAAGUGCCUCCAGCAUCCAAACAUUGUCCGAUUCUAUGACUCCUGGAAGUCCACCAUGAAAGGGCACAAGUGCAUCAUCCUGGUGACGGAGCUCAUGACGUCAGGGACGCUAAAGACGUAUCUGAAAAGGUUCAAAGAAAUGAAGCUGAAACUUCUCCAGCGCUGGAGUAAUCAGAUCUUGAAAGGCCUUCACUUUCUGCACACCCGAACACCUCCUAUAAUUCACAGAGACCUUAAAUGUGACAACAUCUUCAUCACUGGCCCCACUGGAUCUGUUAAGAUUGGAGAUUUGGGCCUAGCCACCCUCAAGAGUGCCUCUUUUGCCAAAAGUGUCAUCGGAACUCCCGAGUUCAUGGCUCCAGAGAUGUAUGAGGAAAAAUAUGAUGAAGCUGUGGACGUUUACGCCUUUGGCAUGUGCAUCCUAGAGAUGACCACAUCAGAAUACCCUUACUCAGAGUGCCAAAACGCUGCACAGAUCUACCGCAAAGUCACCAGUGGCAUGAAGCCAGACAGUUUCUACAAAGUUAAAGUCCCCGAGCUGAAAGAGAUCAUUGAGGGAUGCAUCCGGAUGAACAAAGACGAAAGGUACACCAUCCAGGACCUGUUAGAGCACACCUUCUUCCAAGAGAAUAAUGGGGUCCAUGUCGAACUGGCUGAGGAAGAUGACAUGGUGAAGUCUGGCCUUAAGUUAUGGCUUCGAAUGGACGACACCAAGAAGCUUCAUGGCAAAUACAAGGACAACAAUGCCAUUGAGUUCCUGUUUGAACUCUACAAGGACGUCCCAGAGGAGGUGGCUCAGGAGAUGGUUGUUCUUGGCUUCGUCUGCGAGGCCGACUAUAAGCUUGUGGCCAAAGCCAUUCGAGACCGCGUCACCACCAUCAAGCGCCAACGAGAGAAGCUUCGCCGACAUGUUGAAGGAGAGCUGAUAAGACGUCAAGAGGAGGUGAUUGAGGAGGAACCAGAACCAAGUGUUGAAACUGACUCUUUGGUUUCCAGCGCACCUGCUCUUAGACCUCCAGUAGAGACGCCUGUAUCUGCCCCUACUCAAGCUCCGCCCACAGUCACAGUGUCAGGCCCCACCCCCCUGCCUGCAAAUGAAUCUCUGGACUCUGGCUUCAAUGCUAGCUUUGCCACUGAACCUGAGGAACCAGCAGAUGCAGACCAACGGCAGCAUUUUAACAUACGCCAUGCCAGCUACUCAUCAGCAACAUCUGACUGUGAGACUGAUGGUUAUCUCAGCUCCUCUGGCCUUCAGGAGCCUUCAGAAGCUCGAGCUCCAUUAGCAAACCAACCCUCCACAGCUCCACCACUAACCUGUGUGGCACCUCGUGUGGAAACUCCACCUGUUGAGGCUCCUCCUACUGAAGUCCCUCCCACUCCAGCAGUCCCAGCACUCCGCUUCCCCUCGAGUAUUGCUGUGUUCCAAAACACAGAGAAGGCGCAGUCAGGAAGUGCCAGUGGUUUUUCCUCUCCUGUUGACAGCUACGCUUCUGAUGUCACCUCGGGUUUGAGUGACGGAAACGAGGGCCUUUCGGAGAGGGCCGGGAAAGGUCAGAGCAAACGCACAGGAACCAAGCUGCUCAGGAAGAGGGCUCGCUCACGGCUACGCAUCACUGGGCUGUCAGAUAAAGUGGACCGGGUUGUGGAGUGUCAACUGCAGACCCAUAACAGCAAAAUGGUGACAUUUAAAUUUGAUCUGGACGGAGACAACCCAGAAGAUAUUGCCACAGUCAUGGUACUUAAUGAGUUUAUUCUACCUGGGGAGAAGGAGGGAUUCAUCCACCGCAUGAGGGACAUCAUUCGUCGGGCAGAGGCCCUGAUGAGGAGAGAGCCUUUGGAGCCGCUGGGGCCGACAGACGCUGCUCAUCUCAAUUACCUAAGUGGAGUCGGCUCUCUGUCCGCCUCACAGCCCAAUCUCUACACACAGGGUCUCGCUCGCACACACUCCUCCUCCUCACUGCCAGAUUAUGCUGCUGGCAGUAUAGGUCCAGUGACUCGGGGUUCCUCACCUACUCUAAGUGCUGACUUUUAUGUCGAUCCUGAUGCCGUUCCACCCGUCCGUCCUCUGCGUUCACAAUCCUUCCACACUACAGGUUCAACCCAGAACUUCCAGUCUCCUGCACACUCCUAUUCGCAGUUCUCCCACCCUGAUGUUCUGCCACAUCUCCUGCCGAAUCAGAUGUCUGCCAUGCCCCCUCAGUUCACCAAUCCACCUUAUGUCCAUAACACCCACUUCACCCCUUACCCCUACCAAGUGGACCACACUUCCCUCAAGAGUCCCCUCAACCCAAGUCCACUCACCCGUGUCCCCAGCAACCCAAACUUCUCUUCCUCGUCUUCUUCCUCUUCAAUAGUUUCACCAGUUCAGUGCGUUGAGACGCCACCUCAAGCAGAAACCAGCACUCUACCGCUUGGAGUUGCUCCUCCGCCAGGUCCACAAGCUCCAGGCAUGUGGCCACCCCCUUCCCAGCAGCCUUUCAUUUCACUCGCCAAUGUUCUGUCUCUGGCUAUGAACUUUGCACAGUCCUUUAUCCCCCCUGGAUCCAUGCCUCAAGGUUUUCACCCUCAAAUGACCCCUCAGCCUGGGUAUGGCCCUAUGUACCCAGCUCAGCAUGCGAGCAUGAGCGCUGCUGAUGCUCAGUUCCACCAAGGGGUACUGAACAGUCAGUAUAUGGAUAUGUACCAAUAUGCUGAUCCACAUGCACAGAUUCUGGCACAAGUUCCUGAACCUCAAGAAGGGAGACAAACUAUGUCUCCACAGGCAGUCUCUCUUGGAGAUACAAGAACAGGCAUGACUCCCGAGAUUAAACAAUCCAUUCCCACAAACCCAAGCCCUUCUCCUCUGAGCAAAAGUGUCCCUCUGGCAGAGAACCAGUCCACCACCUUGGGGCAGCUCAGAGAGCGGGCAGACAGUUCAGCGUCGAGCUCCCGCACCACAUCCAGCACAAGCUCACCAGCAUCUUCCACAUCCGCCAGUCCGCAAAACACUGUUUCUCCGCCUGUUCUAAGGUCCUCCCCGACUCUGUCCAUGUCUCUGGCGGUGUCUGAAACUACUAAUAAUAUUGCAGCCAAAUGCAGACUCUCACCUAUAUCUGAAGAGAAAAAGCCUUUUGUGACUGUGGGACGUUUCCAUGUUAGUCCAAGCAAGGAAAUCCCAAUUCAAGCACCCAACCUGACCCCUAGCCUGACACAAACUCCCACCCCUACAACUUCGUCCAUAUCAAUGCUAACCCAAACAUCUCAUAAAACACUUCCCCAAGCCACGCCCCACACAAACCACAGCCAAUCAGACAGCAGCACAGAUGUCCAGGUGGAUUCUGAAAGCAGUCCCAGCUCUCUAAAUGACUCCCCACCACUCACCAAGCAGCCUAACGUGACUUUACCCAAAGCAAUCAGCGCCCCCAAGUGGACUGAAGAAACCAAAUCCCCAGACAGAAGAGUUGUAGAUCCUGAUGAGAGAUGUGAAAUAGGGGAGGAGGUGGAGGAGGGGACAGAAAGUAGGCGGAGGAGGAUAAGUGUGAGUCUGCUGGACAGUUCAGCCGGGAGUCCUCAGUUCAGUCUAAGUCAGCCGUGGAUGAGUUACACACGCAGCACAUCGUGCGCCAGCAGCGACGACACCGAGAGCGAAGACGAGGAAAUGAAUCAGGAGCUGCAGCAACUCAGAGAGAGACAUUUGGCAGAGGUGCAGGCCCUCCAGGCCUCACAAAAGCAGCAGAUCGAGGAGCUGUACAAACGCAUUGGUAAAGUGCCCCCUCCUGGAAUCGUGUCCCCAGCAGCCAUGUUGUCUAGCCGGCAGCGUCGCCUGUCUAAGAGCAGCGGAUACCCCACGUCUCGCCGAAACAGCCUGCAGAGACUGGAGAUACUGCCCCCUACAGGUAUCAUGCGCAAGAACUCAAUGAGCGGCAGCAGCAGCGGAUCUCAGGAAAGGAGCAGUAAAGGAGUGACCUUUGCAACCGAUUACGCCAGAAUUUGAUUUCUCUCGCUAAGGAGCUCUUUGUCCCCCGUCCUGCUCUGUGUCUGGAUUGAAGUGACAUCAUUGCUUUCUCAUGCCACUGCUGAUGUUUUUGGUAUGAAGAAAGGAGUGUGUGUGUUCUUCAGCAGGCUCUGACAGGAAUAUUUUUAACCAUUAUACCUCUGCUCAGUAUUCUAAGGAUGACUCGCAUUGUGAGCUUUCUGAAGAGUCAGGGCACUUGUGUGUGCAGACUUUAUAUAUACAGUUGAAGUUAGAAUUAUUAACCCCAUUUGAGUUUUUCCUUUUUUAAAUAUUUCCCAAAUGAUGUUUAACAGAGCAAGGAAAUUUUCACAGUAUGUCUGAUCAUAUUUUUUCUUCUGGAGAAAGUCUUAUUUGUUUUAUUUCGGCUGGAAUAAAAAAAAAUAAUAAUAAUUUAAGGUCAAAAUUAUUAGCCCCUUUAAGCUGUAUAUAUAUUUUUGAAAGUCUACAGAACAAACCAUUGUUAUACAAUAACUUGCCUAGUUAACCUAAUUAACCUAGUUAAGCCUUUAAUUGUCACAUUAAGCUGUAUAGAAGUGUCUUGAAAAAUAUCUAGUCACAUUAUUUACUGUCAUCACAGCAAAGAUAAAUAAAUCCGUUAUUAGAAAUGAGUUAUUAAAACUAUUAUGUUUAGAAAUGUGUUGAAAACAUCUUCUUCCGUUAAAAAGAAAUUGGGGAAAAAAUAAACGGGAUAAUAACUCAGGGAGGCUAAUACUUCUGACUUCAACUGUAUAUAUAAGAUGUGAAAUUAUAGAGAAUAUAUUUGCAGCUAUAGCACCCCCCGGUGACUGAAUGUAGAAAUUGCAAGUGCAUUUUCACCUGUCAGGCAACCAACAUUAUAAUUUCUUUUAUUGGUUAACAUUAACAUUAUUGAUUUGCUCUAUUAUGUAUGUAGUUGAUUUUAUUCCUACUCGCAGGCAUUCAGAAAUAGCGAAUCGGUACUGUAAAUAUUUGAGAUUUUUGAACGCGAUUUAAUUCCCACAGUCCUUAUUAAAAGACUUUUAGGCCUUACGUUUUGCUUCUACACAAAACAGUAUCAUGUAUAUAGUUGACAAAUUGUAAAAAAAAUGUUGGAUUACGGCGCAAAUGUGGAUUUGUUGCUGGAAUGUUUUGCACACAUGCAACAAUUGCACAACAUAUUUUUAAACUCCCGCAUUCAAACUCACAGUAUUGAUUUUGCUUUACUUUUAUUAAGAGAUUUUUGUUAAAAUUGUCUCAAACUAGAUUUUGAGGUAUUUAUAUAAAAAUCUUGAUUCUGAUUCAGAGCCUUUGCAUUGAUAUUUAGCACUAAAACUAUAUACAUUCAGCUCUGAACUCAUAUUUAAUAUUUAAAUGAGCACAACAAGCAUAUCCAAAUGUGCUUGGCAAUCAGAUCUCAGUUCAAUGCAGGAAUAAUUUAACCAAAGUAUCUUAAACCAAAUUUUAGAGAACAAACAGUGUAUAAUUAUACAAACAAAACUGCCUGGAGUUCCUUAAACGCCCAUACUGCCUUUUCUUUCUUCUUCUUAUGUUUCUGUAAAUUGUAAAUACUCAGUGAGUUUUCAUUUUAGUUGGUACUUUUUAAGAAUUGAGUUCCUCCCAGUGGUGAAAUCUGCCAUACAUUGUGAUCUGGCUUGACUUAAAGGCUUUUGGUUGCCUCAUGUUUGCUUUGAAUCUCCUCUGUCUUAAUGCUUUUCCCUUCGUUUUCUAAUAUAUUAAAAGUUAAUAGGGUGUGAAAUGAAGAUGUAAGCUCCCAUUUUCUUAAUCAAAAGAAAAAAGACAAGCAAACAACUGACACGUUACACUUUUCCGCGAGGCAUUCGCCAGUUGUAUCUGUAUGUAUAUAAAAGAUCUAUUGUGAAUUUGCGAAGUGUGGAGUUUUAGCCUCAACACAUGAGGAGGUGAUGCAUUUAUUUUAAUGUGUGAAGAGAAACUGUGAAGUUUUGAACAAUUGUUGCCUUAAAGUAUCUGCAUUUGAUGGACAGCAGGUGUGUGCUAUUUCACAUUAAGAGAUUUAUUAUAUGGAUCUAUAUAUUUAGAUAAAGAGAAAAGCUGUAUUAUAUUAUGCUAAUGUUGUAUUGCCAUGCAGAUUGUGCCUUUUUUUUUCUAUUUUACAAUUUAAUCUCAUUUCUGGAUUGUUGUACAUUUACAAAUAAAUAAUGUUUCACAAACA